AAAUUCAUUUUUUAGGGUUUUAAUGGGCUAUGCUAUCGAUGUAUUCCAGUGUCUAUACAACUAUAUUCGAAGAAGUGUGAAGAUGAAUUUAAGCAAGAGGAGCUAUGAAGUGUAAGAAACUAUAGUCUGCCCCGACCCAGAUUCUGCUACGCUGUAAUAAACAUCUUCAUCGAGAUCUUCAACAUCCUCUUCAUUUUUUCAAGUUAUGACCCUAAAUGUGAUGACAGCUCUUAUGCUUUAGGGAAACACUUCAGAGAGAGAUAACAGCAAACAACAUGGCAACAGCCUCAGGUAAUCACUUCGAGUGGCAGCUGUUUAAUGGAAAGCAGUGGGUUUCGAUCUUUAAUGAUUUUGUCAUUGAGGCCCAUUACUGUCAGCCAGGGGCAAAUGGGAUCACCAUCAACCUCAACAUGGGGCCUGCCUAUAUUGACUAUGAUGAAAUGACAGUCGACGGACCUCUUGUUAACUUCAGUAUACGGCGUAAUACGCUGCUGUCCCAAAACCAGAAAGAAGUAAUGGGCUGGUACUACAAAGAUAACCAUCGCUGGUGCGAAUAUGGAUCUCAGGGAUCGGGUGGGAAGUCAUCCUUGAUUAGAAGCGAUUUUAUAGAGCAGCAGUUCAACAGCAACCCAAGGGGCUCAGUUCAGUUUACUGUAGGAAGCAUGACUUACAUGGUGGACUUCACCGCCAUGACUCAAACCAAUCUGUCCACACACAUGUUGAGGAAAGUGAGACGGCGGCCGAAAUUCAAUGAAGUAGUAACAGACAACAGCAGUAAUCAAAACAGUUCACAAACUCUGGCAUCUCCCUCUGCAAACCCUACGAAUUCUUCUUCUCAACACAUCUGGGAGUUUAUGGGUGAUGAGGGCAUUUGGACCGAGUACCAGAAACCAGGAUGUUCAUUGGAUAGUGUGGAAAUCGAGAGGUUGUACCAGCUCAACCCGCAGUGCCAAGUUUCAUUCACUGCCAGACGAUUCUCUUACUCUCUUUACUUCAGUGGAAUGUAUCAAGUGAACAAUAAAUAUGGUACAAAAAGAGCUGUCAGGAGAAUCGCCAGUGGAAUCCAGCAAACAAACAGUACAUUGUCACAAGCUUGUUGGCAGUUCAUGGACAUGGAUGGCCAAUGGAAUGAUUAUAUGAAAGGUGGUUCUCGGGGAUAUUGCAGUGUGUCAAGUCAAGAUAUUGAAGUGCAGUACCAGCAGGACUCCACUGGGACAAUGCGUUUCAGAGCGGGCAGAUUCAGCUAUGAGCUAGACUUCUCAGACAUGACCCAGACCAACCUGUCUACUAACACCAAGAGAUCUGUACGCCGCCUUCAGCAAUAAGACCUCACCUGCCUCAUCUUUACUUGUAGCUUUACAUGAAUAAUCUCAGGACGCCGGUGCAUGCAAUGUCUGCUGGCCAUUCUCAGAAAAUGCGAUACGAAAUAGCAAAAUGAUGUUCACUUUGUCCAUGCUAACUUAUGUGCCUAUAUUGUUUUAUUAAUUGCCAUAAAAUAAUGGGUUUCAUGGUGAUUAUGUACUUGAAACAAUUUCUAUUUUUCAAUACAUUUACUAUGAUUUGAAGAUUGCAUUUGCUGUGCAGUAGGCUAUGUCUUGUGACAGCUUUUAACAUUCAUGUCUGUACAAUGUUUUUUUUUUUUUUAAACUGCCAAUUAAUUUUAUGGGAGUAAUUAUAUAUUAUUAAAUAUAUAUAAAAGAUAGGGGGAAAAAAACAUGUUUACAAUAUUUAUGCCAAGUCGUAAUAAUCCACACAGGGCUCCAAUACUGACUGACCAAUUCAUUUUGAGUUUUUCAUGACUUGCAUGUUGAUUAUGAUCUAGAAUAUCAAGACAUUUUGUGCCUGUAUUUUUGUUUACUCAACAAUUUAACAGAAUUUGUUCAAAUUAUUUCCUUCAUAUACAAAUGAAGAUGACUCUCAUAAAGAACAUGUCCAGGUCACUUUUAAUGAAUUGCAACAUUAUUUUCAUGCCAAUGAAGCACACCCUGCAUUAAAACCUUUGCAAAAAA